UGCGGCCUCCCCGGGACCCCGCAGCGCCCCCCGCUUCCCUCGGCGGCGCCGGAAGCCGCCGGCUGGUCCCCUCCCCGCGGCGCCUGUAGCUUUAUCUCUGCGCCCCGAGGGCCCCGGGAGGAGCCGCAGGCGCGCCGGGAGGGACGGGAGGCGGCAUGGGCCGGGGGCCCUGGGAUGCGGGCCCGUCUCGCCGCCUGCUGCCGCUGUUGCUGCUGCUCGGCCUGGCCCGCGGCGCUGCGGGAGCGCCGGGCGCCGACGGUUUAGAUGUCUGUGCCACUUGCCAUGAACAUGCCACAUGCCAGCAAAGAGAAGGGAAGAAGAUCUGUAUUUGCAACUAUGGAUUUGUAGGGAACGGGAGGACUCAGUGUGUUGAUAAAAAUGAGUGCCAGUUUGGAGCCACUGUUGUCUGUGGGAACCACACAUCUUGCCACAACAUCCCCGGGGGCUUCUAUUGCAUUUGCCUGGAAGGAUAUCGAGCCACAAACAACAACAAGACAUUCAUUCCCAACGAUGGCACCUUUUGUACAGGAAGAAGAAUGAGGAGGAGGAAGAGGGAGAAGAUUGGUGGGAACAGGAGGAGGGAAGAAGAAGAGGGGAAGAGGAAAGAGAAGAAAAUAUUUUAUAGUCAACAUCAAGCUCAGGAGCUGGUUGCAGACAUAGAUGAGUGUGAAGUUUCUGGCCUGUGCAGGCAUGGAGGGCGAUGCGUGAACACUCGUGGGAGCUUUGAAUGCUACUGUAUGGAUGGAUAUUUGCCAAGGAAUGGACCCGAGCCUUUCCACCCGACCACCGAUGCCACAUCAUGCACAGAAAUAGACUGUGGUACCCCUCCUGAGGUUCCAGAUGGCUAUAUCAUAGGAAAUUAUACGUCUAGGCUGGGCAGCCAGGUUCGUUAUGCUUGCAGAGAAGGAUUUUUCAGUGUUCCAGAAGAUACAGUUUCAAGCUGCACAGCCCUGGGCACAUGGGAGUCCCCAAAAUUACAUUGCCAAGAGAUCAACUGUGGCAACCCUCCAGAAAUGCGGCACGCCAUCUUGGUAGGAAAUCACAGCUCCAGGCUGGGCGGUGUGGCUCGCUAUGUCUGUCAAGAGGGCUUUGAGAGCCCUGGAGGAAAGAUCACUUCUGUUUGUACAGAGAAAGGCACCUGGAGAAAAAGUACUUUAACAUGCACAGAAAUUCUGACAAAGAUUAAUGAUGUAUCAGUGUUUAAUGAUACCUGUGUGAGAUGGCAAAUAAACUCAGGAAGAAUAAACCCCAAGAUCUCAUAUGUGAUAUCCAUUAAAGGACAACGGUUGGACCCUAUGGAAUCAGUUCAUGAGGAGACAGUCAACUUGACCACAGACAGCAGGACCCCAGAAGUGUGCCUAUCCCUGUACCCAGGCACCAACUACACCGUGAACAUCUCCACAGCACCUCCCAGGCGCUCGGUGCCAGCCGUCAUCGGUUUCCAGACAGUUGAAGAUGAUCUCUUAGAAGAUGAUGGAAGGUUCAAUAUUUCAAUAUUUAAUGAAACUUGUUUGAAAUUGAACAGGCAUUCUAGGAAAGUUGGAUCAGAACACAUGUACCAAUUUACCGUUCUGGGUCAGAGGUGGUAUCUGGCUAACUUUUCUCACGCAACAUCGUUUAACUUCACAACGAGGGAACAAGUGCCUGUAGUGUGUUUGGAUCUGUACCCUACGACUGAUUAUACGGUGAAUGUGACCCUGCUGAGAUCUCCUAAGUGGCACUCAGUGCAAAUAACAAUAGCAACUCCCCCAGCAGUAAAACAGACCAUCAGUAACAUUUCAGGAUUUAAUGAAACCUGCUUGAGAUGGAGAAGCAUCAAGACAGCUGAUAUGGAGGAGAUGUAUUUAUUCCACAUUUGGGGCCAGAGAUGGUAUCAGAAGGAAUUUGCCCAGGAAAUGACCUUUAAUAUCAGUAGCAGCAGCCGAGAUCCCGAGGUGUGCUUGGACCUGCGUCCGGGUACCAACUACAAUGUCAGUCUCCGGGCUCUGUCUUCGGAACUUCCUGUGGUCAUCUCCCUGACAACCCAGAUAACAGAGCCUCCCCUCCCGGAAGUAGAAUUUUUUACGGUGCACGGAGGACCUCUACCACGCCUCAGACUGAGGAAAGCCAAGGAGAAAAAUGGACCAAUCAGUUCAUAUCAGGUGUUAGUGCUUCCCUUGGCCCUCCAAAGCACAUUUUCUUGUGAUUCUGAAGGUGCUUCCUCCUUCUUUAGCAACGCCUCUGAUGCUGAUGGAUAUGUGGCUGCAGAACUACUGGCCAAAGAUGUUCCAGAUGAUGCCAUGGAGAUACCUAUAGGAGACAGGCUGUACUAUGGGGAAUAUUAUAAUGCACCCUUGAAAAGAGGGAAUGAUUACUGCAUUAUAUUACGAAUCACAAGUGAAUGGAAUAAGGUGAGAAGACACUCCUGUGCAGUUUGGGCUCAGGUGAAAGAUUCGUCACUCACGCUGCUGCAGAUGGCGGGUGUUGGACUGGGCUCCCUGGCUGUUGUGAUCAUUCUCGCAUUCCUCUCCUUCUCAGCGGUGUGAUGGCAGAUGGACACUGAGUGGGGAGGAUGCACUGCUGCCAGAACACACUGCUGCUGUGUUCUGGCAGCUUCUCAGGUGCCCGCGCAGUGGCUCCGUGUGACUUCCGUCCAGGGAGCAUGUGGGCCUGUAACUUUCUCCAUUCCCAUCUGGGCCCCAUUCCUGGAUUCAAGAUGGUGGCUAUCCCUGAGGAGUCACCCAUAAGGAGAAAACUCCGGAAUUCUGAGUCUUCCCUGCUACAGGACCAGUUCUGUGCAAUGAACUUGAGACUCCUGAUGUACACUGUGAUAUUGACCAAAGGCUACAUACAGAUCUGUGAAUCUUGGCUGGGACUUCCUCUGAGUGAUGCCUGAGGGUUAGCUCCUCUAGACAUUGACUGCAAGAGAAUCUCUGCAACCUCCUAUAUAAGCAUUUCUGUUAAUUCAUUCAGAAUCCAUUCUUUACAAUAUGCAGUGAGAUGGGCUUAAGUUUGGGCUAGAGUUUGACUUUAUGAAGGAGGUCAUUGAAAAAGAGAACAGUGAUGUAGGCAAAUGUUUCAAGCACUUUAGAAACAGUACUUUUCCUACAAUUAGUUGAUAUACUAAUGAGAAAAUAUACUAACCUGGCCAUGCCAAUAAGUUUCCUGCUGUGUCUGUUAGGCAGCAUUGCUUUGAUGCAAUUCCUAUUGUCCUAUAUAUUCAAAAGUAAUGUCUACAUUCCAGUAAAAAUGUCCCGUAAUUAAGAUCGUUCUUCCCUUGGUUAAUUUUUCUGUUACUAAGCGUCUUCUAAAAAUGCUCUUUGCCCCCUGUUAGAAACUGAGAUUUGGUGGUAGUGUAGUAACAGUGCUUAAAACGGUAUUGAGCCCAUGGCCAGACUAGAGUCCAUAUGUGUUUCAGGGGAGGGGUUGCCGUAGAGGGUGACACUUCUUUUAUCUAAACUUCAGUAACUAUGAAUGUUACUACAUUAUGAACCAUGAAACAUUAGAUAUAAGCGGUGCUGGGCCUACUGUGAAUAUGCUAAGUUGACAGAUGGAGUGUAUUUGAUUUUACUUUUAAAUCAUGAAUUGGCAUUCUUUCCUUUUUUUUUUUUUUUUUUUUUUUUUGAGGUGGACUCCCACUCUGUUGCCCGGGCUGGAGGGAAGUGGCGUGAUCUCAGCUCACUGCAACCUGUGCCUCACAGGUUCAAGUGAUUCUCCUGCCUCAGCCUCCCAUGUAGCUGGGACUACAGGGCCCCCCCCACCACACCCAGCUAAUUUUUAUAUGUUUAGUAGAGAUGGGGUUUCACCAUGUUGGCUAGGGUGGUUUCAAACUCUUGAUCUUAGUUGAUUCGCCCGCCUUUGCCUCCCAAAGUGCUGAGAUUACAGGUGUGAGCCACACGCCUGGCACUAACAAUUUAACUCCAAGACUCAGUAAGAAACGAAUGGGGAAGGAAAGACAGAGGCUUCUGGCAUCUCUCCUUCUCCCUUGCCUGCUAGGCCUGGAGAAGAAAAACCAUGGAGGAGGGAGGUGAUACUGCACAGCCUCAAGAAGCAGCAUAGAUGAAUGCAGUUCUUAGCAAAAGGAAAGGGCUUCCCAAUGCAGUGGGCCGGUGUGUUCACCGGCUUGCUGGGUGUCAGUGAGGGAUGACUCUGAGUGCCUUGGGCUUAUGAGCAGAUGAAGAGACAAGAGGAACAAGUACAAACUGCCCACGUAGCUGCUCCACCCCAGGGAGUCCAGAGUGUAUCUGCUCUAUUGGGAAGAAUUAGAGAGAGGGGAGUAAUAUCCUGACACUCAGGUGUUCAAUGCCAGCUGUCAGCCCCCGGCCCCUGCCAGUAUUAGGAAUGAUUCCCCUGUCCUCUGGGGUACUGCCCUCCAACGACAACUUAGGAUCAACAUUUAAAACCCUUUCUGCUCUCAUCUUAGGUAAAUUAUAGACCAGAGCAGGUCUAUAAUGGGAACAGGUCCCCAUCCUAAACCCCAGAGACCGUUUCUCUCAAUAGACGAAUACAAAUAGCUCUCAAUUUUUAAUUUUUAUGUGCAAUAAUGCAAACAUACUUUUUUUUUUGAGACAGAGUCUCGCUCUUUCACCCUGGCAGGAGUGCAGUGGCGCUAUCUAGGCUCACUGCAAGCUCUGCCUCCCGUGUUCACGUCUUUCUUCUGCCUCAGCCUCCUGAGUAGCUGGGACUACAGGCGCCCGCCACUGCGCCCAGCUAAUUUUUUGUAUUUUUAGUAGAGACGGGGUUUCACCGUGUUAGCCAGGAUGGUCUUGAUCUCCUAACUUCGUGAUCCACCCGCCUUGGCCUCCCAAAGUUCUGGGAUUACAGGCAUGAGCCACCGCGCCUGGCCACAAACAUACUAUUUUUAUAGCUCCUGAACUAAAUUGGGUAUCAAUACAAAUUACUGUGGUUAGCAUAGGGCUGGGCCUCUGAUGAGUGAGGAUCUUUCCUCAAAGCCCAUCUUUGUCCAGAGAGAAUCUGAGCCUCCCCUUGACUUAUUUUAUUUUUUGCCAGUUUUGUAAAUGCUGUAUGCUUCUAUACUACCCACUUCCCUAAUUUCCAGCUCUAGAAUUAACUGCCAAAGAUACAGUUGUCCACAUGGAAUGUAGUAUAAUUGUCACAGAAAGGAAGAAAUCCCCCUUGCUUAGUAUUAAAAGUCUCUGGUUAAAAUAACUGACUAAAUAUUAAGUAAAACAUCACCUUCUGGGUACAAUGCAGAAAAGUAAAAGCAAUUCAUAUAAGAUUACUAAACUUUGGGAGGCCUUCAAGACCAGCCCUGGUAACAUAGUGAGACCCCAUGUCUGCAAAAAAAGUUUUAAAAAUUAGCCGGGCAUGGUGGCGUGCACUUGUAGUCCCAGCUACUCAGGAGGCUGAGGCAGGAGGAUCGCUUGAGCCCAGGAGUUUGAGGUUGCAGUGAGCCAUGGUCAUACCACUGCACUCCAGCCUGGGUGACACAGUGAGAUCCAAAAAAAUUUACUAAAAUAGCAAAAACGUGGACUUUGAGAUUUCCUCUAACUGCUGCAAAUUAUAACACAGAAUUGCUCAGUGUUAAUACUUGAAUUGUGGGGCCAAGUCUUCUGGCUGCCCUAGUUCUCUUUUCUGGCAUUUGAAAGCCCUUGAGCUAGCUAUGGAGCUAAUCUUUGGACAGACUUUUUGGUUCCCAGAAAUGUCAGGCCUUUGAAUUUCCAAUCUAUAUAUACAAUGUGUGUGUAUGUAUACCUGUCUUUUCACUGUAAGGCACCUCCACCCAUCCCUUCUAGAAGGAUCCACAAACAACCAAUUGCAUACCUUCAUACAGACUUUUAUAAGGACAAUAAACAUCUGAAAAUAUGGAUGGAGGUUAAUUAAGAGGAAGAGGAAAUAGUCUGUUCUCUGACUCAAGACCUGAAAUUGCAGUGGGGCACGUAAGGUAAGACCAGAGCAGAAGUGAUUAUCUUGAAAUUCCACUUUAGCUUGGAAUAAAGUUAAUAUUUAAAUUGAUUUUAAAGGAAAUAAAAAAGAAAAUUCAGUGUUCCCUUUU